CAUAAAUUUUAUUUAUUUGUUUACAAAAUAAUAAUAAAUAAAUAAAUAAACAAAUAAAUAAAUAAAUAGAUAAAUAAUAUUUACAAAAUAUAAUACAUGUUUAAUUAAAUAACUAAAAUUAUAAAUAUAUAUGUAUUAAUUAAGAGUUCUUUUUUUUUAAAUAGACUUUAAAUAGAUAAUAAUAAUAAAUAAUAAUAACUAUAAAUAGAAAUAACUAUAUAAAUAGAAAUAACAAUAUCAGAAAUUUAAAUAAUAAAUGAAUAUAAAUAAUAGAUACGAUAAUGAAGAUAAUGUUAUUAGACAGCAUCAAUUCCACCAGGUUGAUAACAAUUUUAAAAUAAAAGGAUACUCUGGAACAACAUUUUUAUACUCAAAUUGGACUUUUUCAUUUUUAUUAGUGGUUCAAUUAGUUGCCUUUGGUUUCUUCACACAGGGACUACUUAUAUUUUUCACAUAUGACACAGUUUACGAUUGGAGAAUACCCGUUUUAUGGGGUGGUGCUGUAUUUUCAACUUUAACUUGUAUUUUUAUAUCAAUGUCAUCAUUUGCAAAUAAUUUUAGGUUCAUUAAAAUUGGUUUUUUAUCUAUUAUAGCUUCAUUAAUAUUUACAUUAUUAGAAAUUACUUUAUUAGUUAUAACAAAGAAAAGUAUCAUUCAAGAUUUAAAAUAUUGUUCAGAACCAGAGAUUUUAGUUUCAUCAUGCAUACCAUUAUUUGGUCAAAUAUUUUGUGGGGAAUAUAUCAAAAUUCAAUGUCAAUAUACAACAUAUGGUUUCAAAAAAAUAUUAUUAAGCCAAGCCUCUAUUGCACUAGUUGACGCAUUUUUAAUAAUCUUCGCUAUAUUAAAAUUAUUUAGAGAAGAAAAAAGAAAGAAAAAUAACUAUCAAUUAUUACCAACUGAAUAAAAAGUAAUAAUAAUAAUAAUAAUAAUAAUAAAUAAUAACUCUUUUUCUCAAAUUUAUUUAUUCAAAUUAAACAUUAUUAUUAAAUAUAUUUUUUUUAGAAAAUUAUAAAUUAUAAUUUAAAAAAAAAAAAAAAACAAUAAUAAAAAGAAACUUAAUAAAAUAAUAUUUUAAAAAAUUAAUUAGUUUUAAAAUCUAAUUUAAUUAC